CCUGACUUACUACUUUGAGACAGCAUUUCAACAUUUGUUAGUUCUCGGGAAAAAGUUAGGGUUAAAAAAAUUCGUAUGGAAAGUAAUUCAACAGGCAACCAAGUUCUUGAAGACACUGAAAAUAAAGUCAGAGAAGCCUGCGAGGUAUUACAACGAGAAGGAACAAGGCUUCGCCACGAGCAGAAAGCUAUCGACGCCAUGUCGCAAAAAAUGGAGCACGUUCAUCUCUCCUCAAUUGUAAACCUCAAUGUUGGCGGCCGCCGUUUUACAACAAGUCUUCAAACGCUGACAAAAGAUCCAGACUCGAUGUUAGCUGCGAUGUUCUCCGGGAAGUUCGAGGUGAAACCAUUAGAAGACGGCGCUUUCUUUAUCGACCGAGAUGGCAAACACUUCCGGUUUAUACUCAACUAUCUCCGCACUGGGAAAUUAACUUUGCCAAAAGGAGCAACAUUUUUAGACGAACUUGCGGAAGAAGCUGAGUUUUACCAGAUCCAAGGGAUUCUAGACGAGUUAGUAUCUAAAGUCCCGGAAUAUUUUGAAGAAUCAUGGAUUCUGACGAAUGAAGAACACCGAAGCGUGUUAACUGGUUGGUUGUCUUCACAAGAAGGCAAAUGGAAGCUUCUAUUCCGAGGUUCCCGAGAUGGCUUCCAAGCUCAAACGUUUCACUCCAAAUGUGACAACAAAGGGCCUACUGUCACCAUCAUGAAGAGUGGUAAUUAUAUUUUUGGAGGAUUCACUGAAAAAUCGUGGGACAGUGCUAGUGGAUGGGUAAGAUGCUCACAAGCGUUCUUGUUCAGCAUGAUCAACCCUAGUGGACUGGGUCCAACUAAAAUGCCGCUUUUAAUUGAGAGUCACAAACAUGCUAUCUUCUGUAAAGCAGACUAUGGACCGACGUUUGGUGCAGGGCAUGACUUACAUAUAUCAGGAAAUGCAAAUAUCAAUUAUGAUAGUCACACUAUCUCAGGCUGCUCGUACCAGUGUCCCACAGGACAGAAUGCUAAAACAUUCCUCGCGGGAGAAAAACAUUUUAUAGUUACAGAUUACGAGGUGUUUGGACUUCACAAAUAACAAACCAAAUAUUCCUUCCCAUAUAACAGGCUAUAAGAAAAAUAAAAUGUCC